GGGUUUUUUUUUUUUUUUUACUUUUUCUUCCUGUUCUCGGCAAACCUAUAACGCCACCCCUCGCCGAUUUCACUUGCUCGGAGGAUCUACAAGACGUCCUCUUUCUCCUAACUGAUCACCAGAAAAAGGAAUGGACUUUGAUGACGAAGACAAACCAAAAGAGGUCCCCAAAGCCAGGAGGUUUGCACCUGGUCGUGCCGGAAAGCCCAAACCCAAACCUAAACCCGAACCAACUGCUUCGGAGAAAGCUGAGCCGUCUUCACAAACCGAGUCCGUGAGCAAGAGUGAGCACGACGUUGAUGCCACGAAAGUCUCUGACCACCCUAAGGUCGAGCCUGAGGUCUUCAAUGGAGCUGUUAAGAUGGAGAUUGAUUCGAAAGUGGACAAGGAGCCGGAGACUACGGAGGUUGAGUUGAUGGAGGAAGAUCAUCAUCAUCAGGAGGAGGAGAAGGAGAAGGAAGAAGAUGACGUUGUUGUUCGUGAAAUUGACGUUUUCUUUAAUCCCUCUAUUGAUGCCAACACUAAGCUUUAUGUUCUACAAUAUCCUCUAAGACCGUCUUGGCGUGCUUACGAAAUGGAUGAACGGUGUGAAGAAGUUAGAGUGAAUCCUUCUACCUCCCAGGUGGAAAUUGAUUUGUCCAUGGAUGUUCAUUCGAGCAACUACGACCCUGACGUUGGAAGUAAACUACGUAUGACUAAACAGACAUUGACAACAACAUGGAAGCAGCCUCCUACGUUGGAUUAUGCCGUUGGUGUUCUUUCAGGUGAUAAGUUACAUUUGAACCCUGUUCAUGCUGUUGUUCAGCUCCGACCAUCUAUGCAGUAUCUUUCUUCCAAAAAGAAUCUAGCUGAAGCUCCCGAAGAAUCUGCCGGAACUUCAAAAAGACAGAACAAGGGAGCACAGGCUUCAACGGAUCAGAAACCAGUUCCUGAAGAAAAGUGGGUUUCACUCAAGUAUCAUGGACUUCAAUCCGAAUAUUGCUCCAGAUACCUUAGCGGAAUGAUGGCUAAUGGCAACUCUUCAAUAGACUUCAACAUGACCCCGGAUGCUUAUAUCAACUCACUGUGCCGUGGAGAUAACAGCAGAAACUCUGAGUCAAAAAGUUUAUCGAAAAGGUUGUUGGCCUCCCUACCGCUUGAAGAACGUCUGCAAACGUUGCUCUGCCAGAAACAUGGACCACCGCUAUUUCGAUACAGUGUUCUUAAGCACUACGCCCCAGAGUUAUCAGACGAGGAGUUCUUAAAAGUCCUCCAACAAUACGCCUGUCUAGUUCAAGGCCUAUGGACUCCCAAAACCAAGCUACUAAAGCUAGACGGCUUGGAAGGCUUCAGAGACUAUGUCCUAUCCCUUUUCAGCCAGCGUCUAACUAUAAAGUACUCCGAAGUUAAAGCAAGUCGCUAUAUCGACAAGAUCAAACCUAUGUUGAAUGUAUACGCCAAAGAAAGGCCUUUGCUAUGUGAUUGGAAGUUCAGAGAGCCCACCGAUGUCUCCUUCAUCAAAUCCCACAAGAAGAUUGCAGAGGAGCAAGCAAGUUUUUGGAAGGGUAUGGAAGAGAAGUUAACGCCAAAGAUAAUACAAGGAGGUAAAGGUAGAGGUGGUGAUAGUAGCUUGAGGAAUGCUGCAGGAAAAAAUAAUCCUUCAGCUGUUACGGCUAAACAAGAGGUCGCAGCAGCAACGGUCUCUGAGGUAGGAGGAAGUUCGAGAAGUGCUAUACCUCGUGUCCCUAGACAGAAAAUGCCUGAUGAGAUCAAGAGGGCGAUACCAAAGGCCUUGAAGAAGGUGUUUCAGACGCAGAAAGUUUGCAGCUACGAGACGAUUUGCCAGAGACUUAGGGAUCUUGCGGUUGCUACUUCGAAUAAUCCGAGAGUUGAUUCAGGGAUGGCGCAACAGGUGGCGUUAGCUGUAGAUUCUUACCAAGAAGAGCUCAAAGUCGUUAUCAGUGAAGUGACUGUUGAUAUUCACGGCUCUUUUGUCUCCAAGUCGUCUCAAGACCAUCCAGAAUAUGAUCCACUCAGGGACGUGGUGAUCAAUCUUUUACUUGGGAAUCCACCUGGAGCGAAGAUUAUGAAAGCUGAUGUGUUUGCAGCAGGCAGGAGCAUACUUGGACGUGAAAUCACCAAUAAUGAAUACCAAAAGGUGAUGCACGACCUCUGUGAAACCCACUCUUCAGGAUGGGUGUUACAGAAAGCUCGUUGAGAGAAAAUGUUUAAUGAUCUUAAAGUUUUGAUAGUUUAAAUCUUUACAAUUCAGUUAGUAACUGAGAUACUCGAGUGGUCUUGCAUUGUCGUACUUUUGAACUUGGAUAUACCUCCAGUUCUAUUUU